AGUAACAGAACUGACAUUACAGCACAUUUUGAAAUCAGUAUACCCCAACAAGGCCUCGCCGUACCCCUUCCUUUGUGUUGACAAAGUUUCCCAGUCCUUUUCAAUGUUGUAUCAACAUAAGGCCACGCUCGGCCUUUCGGACUACCCUACUCGGAAUUUAACUUCCAUCGAUAUUUCCCGUGUGGAUUGUUUCACAAGCAUUUUUGUGAUCUCAUUCACAAAGUAAGGAUACGAUAUUUACCUGUUGAUCUGGGACUCGUUAACUUACCUGUGACCUUUCCGUUGCACUGGAUUUUGUUGGAUACGAUUUUGCCAGCACCUCAGCAGUGACACCAGGUGAUGACAACUUGUGUUCCUCAAGUCAGCAAUGAAUUGAGCAAUGACACGUUGACCAGACACCACACAUCAUCUCCACCUGUGUCCUCUCUGGGUACAAAGCCAGGCGUGAUGUCGAACCUCCGGGACAUGAUCAACCGAGGACAGCAGGACCAGUUCCCCAGUGAGGACGGACUGGUCCUCGACCUCACCUACAUCACAGAGAGGAUCAUUGCAAUGUCCUUCAUCGCUGAAGGUCAUGACACGACCUACCGUUUCAACCUGAAAGAGGUGACUCGCAUGCUCAAAACCAAGCAUGGAGACAAGCACCUGGUAUUAAACAUUUCUGAAAAACACAAUGAUCUCACAAAGAUGCACUCAAAGAUUAAAGAGUUUGGCUGGCCUGACCACCUGGCCCCUCCCCUGGAGCGGCUGUGUAGUAUUUGUAAAUCGAUUGACUCAUGGCUCAACGCCGACCCCCUCAAUGUGGUCGUUCUCCACUGUAAAGGCGGGAAGGGCAGACUCGCCAACGUCAUCGCUGCCUAUAUGCAUUACAGCAACAUCUGUGCAAGUGCUGAUGGGGCUCUUGACAGAUUUGCAAUGAAACGGUUUUACGAUGAUAAACUCGGAGGUAUUUCACAGCCAUCACAACGACGGUAUGUGCACUACUUUGCUGGUUUACUAUCGGGUGCGAUUAAAAUCAACAGCAACGCCCUCUACCUGCACCAUAUUCUCAUCCAUGGAGUUCCCAACUUCGACACCAAGGGCGGCUGCCGUCCAUACAUCAAGGUCUACCAAGGAAUGCAGCCAAUAUUUACAUCCGGUGUUUACAAUGUAACAGAUAACAUGCAGAAAGUGUGUAUAUCCAUUUCCCCUGGAAUUCCAUUGCGUGGGGACAUUCUAAUAAAAUGUUACAACAAAAAGACGCGCUCUGGUCAAAGGGAGAUAAUUUGGCGAUGUCAGUUCCAUACGUGUGCAAUUUCUGAUUACAACUUGGUGUUCACCAAAUCAGAGUUAGAUGAAGCUAAUACAGAUCCGAGGUUUGCCGAUACUGGAAAAGUAGAGUUUGUUUUUGGUCCUACUGCUGAAGGCUUGGUUUCAGUAACUGGGUUCAAGUCUGAUGUCACUGUGCCUGUCGAUGACGGAGAGGAUGGAUUAACUAGGUCAGACAGUUAUGAAAACUUUCUGAAUCUUAACGAGCGAAUUGUUGAAACUGAUAUUAAUGAAAACGGGUUGCCUGCAGGGGGCAUAAGCAAAGUGCACGUGCAGAAAAUAGAGCACUCGCAAGGGCCAGUGGACGGGAGUUUGUACGCGACGGUCAACAAACGAAAGCUUGAGAGUCACGUGACUUCGCCAACGUCUUCUGUGUUCCAAAAUGGCCCCACGCACUUGCAGAAUGGGUCAAUAACAUCCAGUCUUGAUUCUGGUAUAUCUUCAACUUCUCGUUUCCAUGGAUACACAGGUCAGAGUUCCUCGCACCUCCACCAGUCGCGCUACACGUCCUCGGACACCAGUGACCUGAUAUCGCCGACCUACUCCUCCAAUGUCCACGGCCAGAAGACAUCGUUCUCGUCCAACACGAUGCCCCGACAGACGGUGAAGGCUCUGGACGAACGCACGCAGCUGGACGAGCUUCUCAGCGACCUGCUGCACGAUCAGAGUUUCUCCAGCCUCAGCAGCCCGAGUCAGCAGGACGCGAAGACCGUCACCACGACGACGCGCACCUUUACGUCUUACUCCACGACCGACUCGAGCCCAGGACAGAACGUGUCGAUCCAGCGCGCGGAGGUGGUGUACAAGUUGCCGGGACAGCAAGAGGAGAAGCACCAUUACAUGAUAACGCCCGGGAUUGAGCCGGAGACGACGAGCGGUCGGAAGCCGGGAAUUCCGAAAAACGCGUUUUCUUACACAUCGCCUAUCUCUCCGACGUCGCCAUCCAGUGAAAUGAUGGAGACAGAGGUGGUCCGCGGGACGGAGAGCAUGCCACAUCUGCAGUCGAGUCAGAUGCAUGGGCUGACACAGACACUGCCAUACAACAGGAGCGAGUUUGAUAACCGGUACGAGACUCACUCCUACUCCUACCACACGAUGGACGGCACGCAGAUGAGGCCUGAUUCUGACAUGUCAGCCUCGUGGCUCGCUCAGCAGCAGGAGAAACUCCGCGCCAAGCAGGUCGUCCGGUCGCCGCAGGAGAAGCAGCUGGUUGCCGAGUUGCGGUCAGUGCAGAAUAAAUACUACACGCGGCGGACCCAGAACGAGGCUGAGGAGCAGGCAGUCAUGGACACGUAUAACCAACAGCCCAUUCAGAACGGACCGGUGUCCCCCACACAGAUGAUGAUAACCCAGUCGUACCAGCCACCAGUGAGGAGCCGAAGCCACGACGGGAUGUGGAGUCCGUCGGAGAACAAAUACAACACAUUUUCCUCCUCGCAGAUGACAACGAUGGAGAACAGAACGUACGGAGAUCAGCGGGGCGUGUCGAACAAGCCACCGCCUUCGCCAACGCUGCAGCGAUCCAUGACGCCGACCCAGCCCAUAGCACCGCCGGUGAGGACCAGCAGUAAGGACUUCAUGCGGUCGCGCUCCAACAGCAGCAGCAGCUGGCAGCCUCAGCAGCCGUUCCAGACUCGGCCACUACAACGUCAGGCGUCGGAGACACUCUUCGACCGAGAUCCCAUCGCGUACAACACCUACAGCACCAGCCACUCCCCUAGGGCACUCUCCCCCUCCCAACAGGCCCUGCAGCACGCCUCCUUCACCACGUACAGGACCAUCCAGCACGUCCAAGACGACAACGUCGAUGGAAUGCAACCACAACAGCAGCCGCAGGUUUACGGGUCGAUGGUAACGGCGGCGCCACCACCAAAACCACCACCACAGACUCAGCAGCAUUACGUGACAGAGGUGUUUGUUCAUCGCGGACCGGGAGCCUCCUUAAGCCCGCAACCGAGAGAGGAAAUUCAAGACACGACCAGACUGGAAGCCUUGGAGAAAUCUCUCCAGGCCGCGUCGGAAUCCAUCAUGGCUUCCUCGGCGCCCAAGCAACAGUUCAGCCAAUCAGGUUACCAGACCUCUAGCUACCAAACGACAGAGCAACACCAGGCGGUCGUCCGGAACGAGAUACGGUCGGUAGAGCCGCAGCAGUCUUCUGUGAGUAACCAUGGUGACGUGGGCAAUCCGGCCAACCCGAGCAUGAGCAUGCAGCCCCGCAGCGUGUCCCCUGGCUGGGACAAUGUCAAUGCUAGCAAUGUCUAUAGUCAGAUCCAGAAGAGUGAAGGUCCGCCCCCGAAACAGAUCCACGAGAUUGAGGAGGACCGGAUCAUGUUGAGGCCGAUUGGUCCGGGCGUGCAGACCCUCGAACCGGAAACACACACCGGAACUCUGGGACGACCGACCACGCCGGGAUUCCCCACCUCACCAGUAACACCGCCAUUCCCUGUUACCCCUCGGACGCCGUAUGUGAACACAGGUGGCAGCACUGUAGUGAGCCCGAUGGGCACGCUGACCCAGCAACAGCAGAACUUGCAGUACCAGACACAGCACACGACCCAGUACCACACCCAGCAGCAACAACAUCAGCAGCAGCUGCAGCAGCAGCAGCAUCAAGACGGGACGCUGCACAUCGACACCAGUCAGAGGAUGCUGUCAUCACCGCGCAGUCCCGGGUCAGCUGGAAGCCCCCCUUCCCCCAACAGCAGCCUGAACACCCUGAGACAGCAGCUGUCCACUGCCCACUCCAUGUCCACUGUUCCGCACUCGAUGACGGGUCAAAGUUCACCGAGCGUUUACUUCGGACUGUCUCGCAGAGGAAGCUUGUCAUCUCUUGCUGAUGUUGACAUGGUCAGCACUUCAGCGAGAUUUGUUAAAGAUACAUCCAAGUACUGGUACAAGCCAAACAUCACCCGCGAAGAAGCCAUAGUAUUGCUGAAAGACAAACAGCCCGGAACAUUCGUCAUCAGGGACAGUAACUCUUUCCCCGGAGCAUUUGGACUGGCAAUCAAAGUGGCCACCAUACCGCCCAAUGUGCAGAUUAAACCAUCAGCAGAUCCACAGGCUGACCUUGUCCGUCAUUUCCUGAUUGAACCGACCCCGAAAGGGGUACGACUCCGAGGAUGUAGUAAUGAGCCCGUCUUCGGUAGUCUUGCUGCCUUGGUAUACCAACACACCAUCACACCACUUGCGUUGCCAUGCAAACUUCUCCUACCAGAACCUGAUCAUGUGGAUGGACUGAUCAGUGCUGAAAGUCACAGCAUUUCUGCCGAGAUGCCCAGUUCAGCUGCCGCUCUUCUCUCUCAGGGAGCAGCUUGCAAUGUGUUCUUCUUGAACACAAUAGAUACAGAAUCCCUAACAGGGCCUCAGGCUGUUGCCAGGGCAGUGAAGUUGACCUUUGAAACCUUGCCCCUCCCAGUGACCACUGUUGUACAUUUCAAAGUCUCCAGUCAGGGUAUCACACUGACAGACAAUAACAGAAAACUGUUUUUCCGUCGACACUACCCUGUAUCAGCCGUGACGUACUGCGGAAUGGACCCCGAGGAGAGAAGAUGGAAGAGAGACACGGAUGUACCUGGAGUGCAAGUUGAAGUCAAGAUCUUUGGAUUCGUCGCCAGAAAGCAGGGUGGGGUCUCAGACAAUGCAUGUCACCUGUUUGCUGAGUUUGACCCCGAACAGCCGGCUUCUGCAAUUGUUAACUUUGUUACAAAGGUUAUGAUUGGACAGAGCAAAGUCAAGUCCUAGGUUGUCAUUGGAAAUGAAACAUUUAUACAUAAGCCACUAGCCUUGCUACUUGUCUUUCAAGGUAUCAAAGAAAAUGUGAACAAAAAUUGAUUGCACUGGACAGACGGACAAACAGAAAAGCAGGUUUUAUAGAGAUUUGUUUGAUGGCGAAAUGCAGUAAUUGUGUUUUACGGAGAAAUCAAAAUACAAGACAUUAACAAGGAUAUACUACUCAGUUAACAGUUGAUGACGGAUGUUGGAAAUGUUUAUGAACAAAUUGAAAAAACAACAACCACAAAAUAUCUGACAUAGUGAAACGAUCUGGUGCCGUGUGUUAUAUUAUCAAAUGUGUCGUGUUCCAUUUAAACAGCAAACUGUGCCUGGUUCGUUAACAUACAGAUUUGUAUUAUAGUUAAUAAUAUAGUUACAUUAAAAUGUUAUACCAAUGCCAUAUUUAUAAGUCCUAUUUGUGGACAUCCCUUCUAUAUUGUUUUGUUAAGCUUUCAGCUCAGCUUGAGAACAAUAACUUGUUAUAUAUAUGCAAAAAAUAUCCACAAUUCAUUGGCAUUGUGUAUAGAUAUAACGCUAGGAAGUAAAACCUACAGAAAGAAUAUUAAGAAUAUCUAUGUUUUGAUUAGUCAGUUUAAAAUAUUGUAGUUCUGCGAAUAUUAGCACUAUAGUGUUUGAUUGGCCAAUUUACUACCAAAGAAUUUGAUUGGCUGAUUUAAAGACUGCAAAAGUCAUGUUCUUACCAACUACAUAUUUGAUUGGCAAGAUUACAACCAAAGAGUUUGAUUGGCUAAUUCAUUAUACUGCAGAAGUAGAGUUCUUACCAAUCCUACAUUUGAUUGGCCGAUAGUAACAUGGCUUAAUUAAGGAUGCACAUUUUCCAGCUGCCUUGGAAACACUUUGUACAAAAUUUGAUGUAAGCAUUGUGCUUUUUAUCUCAAAGUGCUAUAUUCAGUUAGUCUUAAUUCUCGUAUAUUCAAUUAUAAAUAAUUUUAAAGACAUAUAGAUAAAUUUUGUUUUUAAUAUAACGAUGUCUGAUGUUUGUUAAUAUGUGUAUGGUGUAAUAUAUAAAUAUAUAUAUAUAUAUAUUCAACGUUUUCAGUCGAAACAAAGUACUCGUGUUAUCUUACACAGCUUUGCGUGGUCUGUGUUGUGUGUAUGUAGAGUUAAUUAUCCUGGUGGGGUACUCUCCCCUUGACUGCACGAGCAGUGAGUUACGACUAUACUGCAGGAGCAGUAAGUUGAGAAAGUAAAACAUGGCUGGACUCGGGGUGGUGCUUUAUGGGAUUGUUCAUUUUCCUGGUAGGGUUAUCUCCCCUUGACAAAAAAAGAGAACAGAAAUUAAAUCGUGGCAAGACUAGGGUGAUGCUUUAUGAGAUGGAGUAUGUAGUUGUCUCCCCUUGACCACAGAUGCAGUAAGUUGUAAAGCAAAAGAUUGUGGGAAGUGUAUCAUAGGAUUGUGUAGGGAAAGGUAAGUUAUUAUCAGUACUGAAAUAGUGCUUGUAAACUGGUAUUAGCUUGAUUAUCUCCCCUUGACCACAGAAGCUGUAAGUUAGAAAGUGAAAGAUUGUGGGAGGGUCAUGCGAUUGUUUGUAAGUUAUGACCAGUACUGAAAUAGUGCUUGUAGAGAUUGGUAUAGCUGUACUAGAGAAUUCCCCCAGACAGUAGAUCACCAGUAAGUGUCAGUGUAGUUUGAAAAUGUAAAAACUUGACACAUUUUAGUUUUUUUUCGGAAUAUGCUUGCAGGUUUCUACCAACCACUGAUGUCUUGUUUAUGACACACAGUUGGACCUGCUGUAAUGGACAUCCUAUAUAGUAAUCACCUGUCUAUAUAGGGCACUCUAAAUGUAUCCUUUAUGCACACACAUGCAAAUUCUUUAGCCUGUAUACAAAACCCAUCUGUAUAUAAAUAUCCAUAUAUUAUAAAGGCAAGGUUUUUUUUGCAGGUCCUUUUGGUGGCUUUUGUAGACAUGUAGUUAGGAUAUAAAGUGUUAAUGCCCACUCCCAUUACCCACCAGGGGGCUGUAGUUUGAAGGGAAUGUGGAUUUAAUUUCAUUACAAAUGAACUAAACCAGUUGAAAUCUUAAUGUAUUUAUACUUGAAAAUUUCGCACUUCAUUUUGGCCAUGCCCCUAACUGGUCCAUUGCUUUCUUUACCCAGGGAUAUGCUGUACAUAUAAUGAUAUUUACCUAACCACUUGUACUAAAUGUAAUUUGUCUCCACAAUCUAUUGGUGCUAUGAACUUUGACCUUUGUGGAGGUCAUCAAGAAACUGUUAUUAGAGUUUCUGUAACAUUUUAAAUUUACAUUGUUGGAUUUUUUUAUUUUUUUUUUAUUGAUUUUUUUUUUUUUGGCUGGGAAUUGGCCAAGAUUUCUUUGUUGGUGACAUUUUAAAUUUAAUUUUCUUCACUGUGCUGCAUUAUAUAUAUGUCGGAUAAUGAAUGUCACAGUCCUAAUACUAGUAGAUGUUCAUGUAUUUAUGAUUUUUUUUCUUUCUUUCUCUGUUAGUGUUGUCAUUUUUUCACAUGUGCAUAUAUUCUGUUCAACGUUUUUUCGACAUGCAUAAUUCAGAAUUUUUUUUCUCUGUGUUUCUUCAGUUUAUAUGCACGGAUAUGUCGUAGAACAAGUGUGCUUGAUACAUUUUUUUGUGUAAUAUAUAUAAUGUUAUAUAUAUUUUGUGUGUGUUUACCCCAAUAACACCACAUUUAUGUUAUAUAUUAUCGGACCUGGCCACGCAUGACUAGACUUAAAAUGCUGAUUUCCAUGCCUUAUUGUAAGAUAGAUCAAUAUAUGUAUGUUCCUCGAUAGAUCCCAACCAUAAAUUAACAUGGAUUUAGUCAAACCAUCAUUGUCUGUUUAAAAAAAAAAAAAUUUGUAAAUAAAACAAAAAGAAAUGUUAAAUAUAAUAAUUAUUGCUGUUUAAAUUAAGAUAGGAUUGGAAAAUGAUGUAUUUUAUCAAAUUCAAGUGAAAAAUAAAAUGUAUGAUUUGGUUGUUUUAUUGGAAAUGUAUUUAUUUCUUUGGGGCGACACCCACCCCAAAGACUUGAUGGGUCAAAUAUAGAGGUCACUGUAUCAUCGUGGUUCAGGUCAAAUCAUCUCAUAUAGGCAGCUGUAGUAGCCUUUGUUUGAUUAAUUCACCAAUGAUUGUAGUAUACCGCUUGUAACUGUCACUAACAGUAUAUAUAUUGUAUGUAGCCACCUCCUGGUAUAAUAUACUAUAGCCUCCGUAGAUGUCUGUACAGUGCAAUGUUCAUGUUAUACUUGUGGAGGCAAAUUGUGAUGUCUUAUGAUGAGUCAACAAAUAUGACUAAGUCGGUGGUCAUGUGACUGAAUUGGACAAAUGAAACAUGAUUAAGGAUGUCAUGUGACCAGAUUUUUGGGGGUGUUUUUUUUAUAUGAGAAGACUGUUUACACUUACAUAUUUUAGCUGUUUAUUUUAUGAUUAUACAAGUUAAUUUACCACAGGUGGUGUUUACAAACAUGGAAUAUAUUUUUUUGGUCUCGUAUAAUGUAUGGCAAGUGUUCAAUUUUAUCUGUAUAUUGUUAGAUAAAUAUGUUGAAAAUAGUAGUUUUUUAAAUUAAAUAAAUACAUAAAGUUACAUUUUUCAAAGACACGUUUUGAAAUUUCAUCCAAAUUACUGAGACUUUUGUCCGUUCAUUUAAUUCAUUGAAAUCAGUUUGAAAGUAAAGACAAAUGCAUAACUGUUUUAUUUGCCAGCUUGUUUGCAGGAAUAAUUUAAUAUCAUUUAUUAUAUUAUUUGGUUUACUGUUUUUUUUACAAAUAAAAAUAAGUUUGCAGUCAGUGUUCUUGUAUCAAAUAAAACAUGAAAUAUUCAUGUAAUAUAGAAAGUUACAUUUUAAUACAUGAUGAUACAUUUAAAUCGUCAUGAUUUUAAAUGUGAAUUCAUGUUAACACUUAUGUUAUGGUGUUAAAAUGUGAAUACAUCAUGAUUGUAAGUUUGAAUUCAUGUUAAAACCUAUAUUACGGUGUUAAAAUGUGAAUACAUCAUGAUGCUGGUGGUGUCUAAAUACAUGAUUUUAUUUGAAUGCAUCAUGAUAAUAAAAUUUAAAUACAUCAUGUGCUCGGUCUCACAAAUAAACCACUAGAUGUUGGUUUAGACUGCUUGCUAUCCCUGUUUUCGUUUUGUCUCCAAUACCAAUGUGACAUAAUUUGUACAUAUACAUUAAUAUUAAUAUUAAUACUGUGUAUUUAACAAUAUUUUAAUUCAGUGUAUUGGAUAAAUCAUAGUUUAACAAUAAACUGCAUGGGAGAACAAUACACUAUUUAUACAAGCAAUAUUUAGUAUUUUUAAUAAAAUAUUGUAAAUGUUGGUUAAUAUGACAUCUAUAACUUUAUAUUUGGCCAAUUUAACUCUUCUUUCUUUUUUUUACUAGAUGUUUUGACAACAAAGUAAAAUUUUAGACAUGUCUAAAUUUGUUAUAAAAAUAGACACACAUGUAAGAAGAAAAUUUGUUUUCCAAAAGAGAAGUAAAGGAGGCAAAUGUUUUAUUUAACGACGCACUCAACACAUUUUAUUUACGGUUAUAAGGCAUCGGAUUCUAAAAGGGCAACUGAUAAAGAAUCAAUUUCCAGAUUUCCACUUAUUUUACCAUCUUACCUGAUUAACUAUAUUACUGGAAACAUUAUGUAAUGGAAAACCCAAUCUCCUAAUAAUGAUUAUGUCUUGGAAUUUGGUAAUAGUGAACUAGAAACAAAACUUAUCUUAAAAUUCAAUAAAAGAUAUGUAAAUAAUCACUUUCAGACAUGUUUAGUAUGGAAGAUGUUAAUAGAACAAUGGAAAGAAAUGCUGUAGAAGAUUAAAACAACCAUGUUUUGUUUAGUUGAACAUUGGUUUUUUUAGGCCUUAUUUCAAGUAGUAUGUGUCAUAUUAAAUACGAGUUCUUGUUUAACGAGGAAAUGAAAUGUAAAGGGUUUCCAUGGUAUGUGGUACUGGACGUUAGCAUGUUCGUUAAGUUACAAGCAGGUGUUAUUACUUGUACAUGUAUAUUAAUUUUUAAAAUUACCUCCAACUUUUAAUACCAUCAAGUCCUGUACAUUACUUGUUAUGUUUUUGUGUUUUAUUAAAACUUUAGUGCUUUUUGUUUUGCAUGAGAACCAUACAUAUUUAAAGUUACCACAUCAGUUUUUGAUUUUAGGGAAUUUGUAGGGGUCAGGUGUUUUUGUUCUUUUUGAUACUAAACCAUUUUACCAUAAAGAUAUUUUAAUAUCUGUUGAAGCUAAAAUUUGAUGUGCAAAAAACACAAAACCUAAAAUAUGUAAAAACUAAACUUACAA